UGUUUGAGAGCAAGAACCAAGCCUAUUGGAGGACAUAUUCUCUAUUCAGCCAGAAUUUCAGAUCCUUCCUGGGAUUAGGAUCACUUAUGCUUCUAGUUUUACAUUAAUGACAACCUCUGUUGCUGCUGUUGGUUGACUGUUGUUCGAAACAAUAUCUUCAUUACCUUCUCAUGGAUCAUUCUGUUAUGGAAUAUAGAAUUUCUUGAUUUCAAUCAUGGUUGAUGAAUAACAUUUGAAGAGGAACAAGGUAUAGAAAGGAUAGGGAACCAAAUCAAAUCUAUGAUUCUUGCCUUUUUGCAAUACAGGUUGAAUUGGUAUCGUAACACUGUAUAAGCCACCACCUGAGGUUUACUUUGUACAUUGAGAACUUGCCAUGGCACCUCGAGCUAGACGUAGAAAGGUAGGUCUGACACGAAUGGAUGCAGCAACGGAUGCUCUAUGUCAACUAGGUUUUCCCAAGGUUUUAAUCCGUGACACAGUGAAGUCACUCUUAAAGGUUUAUGGGGGAGACUCAGGGUGGGUUUUCAUUGAAGAGGAUACAUACAAAGUAGUUAUCGAGAAGAUCUUGGAAAAUGAGGAGAAAUCUUUACCUGAGAAGGAUGAAGCACAGGAAGCUGAUUCUAUACCUAUCGCUGGUGCACUGACUGCAUUGGAAAUGGAGACAAGUGAUCCAUAUACUGCUGCAGAAACAGACGCAGAUCUUCCACUGCUUGAAGGAGGGGCGUCAGGAAUGGCAAAUUCUGAAGAGAUCCAAUCACUGCCAUGUACUGUUGAUCGUCCGCGUCCCAAAAAGAAUCCAUGUUAUGGGUGGAUCAGCAGUGAUGAUGACAUGGACAUUGUCAUUCUCAAAACCAAUGACUCCUUGAGACGGCUGCCUAUUAAGGGAGCAACUGAAUCAAAUGGUGGGAGAAGACGCAAGUCACGGUGGGAUGUGAAACCUGAAGAUCUAUGAGCCUUUUUAUUGGUAGAUGUACAUAUUUUAGUGCUCUAAUCAACUCUUAACAGAAAGACUCCAAGUGAUUGUUUCUUGUGUACAUGAGGGGGGUGGAAGAGUUUUCUCGGGAAAGUGAUCAUCUGUUGUACAGUCUUUAUGCUUGGCAUUGUCAGAGAGGAGAGCUUCAUCUUUGUUAAAAUUAUUAUUUUUUUCUUUUAAAAGGACGAAAAAUGAGUUGCAGAAGAUCUUGGAGUAAUUGUGUCUUAGUUUAAUUUUUGUAUAAAAGAAGCCCGAGACAUUCUUUGCUAUGAGGCUUUUCAGUCGA